AUGGAAAAGGAGCACCGCACAGCAGUCGAAGGAACCGGGGACAAAGAGGAGGACACAAGCGAAUCAGAUGAGGAGGACAAAAGCGGCUCUACAACCAGCAGCGAUGCAGCCGAAAUUGCAGAAUUUGCAAAUCUGCUGGACGACUUCACCGGGAUCACUUUUCCAGCUCUGGAUUUCGACCGCAGUAGUGCCAACGACGAUAAAACUUUCAGUAUUCGGGAUCUUAUAAUGAGUCUAUGUCCAGAGCAGCUGGACACAAGCAGCACAGAUAGCACAAUCGAUCUAGAUAUGAUACUAUCAGCUGUAUCGGAAUAUGACGAAGAAGCAUGCAAUAAGGGUGCGGACAAGGGUGACGACGAUCAUGAGGACAAUGACAGCGAUGCAUAUACAGAUGACGAUGGGGACGAACAAAAGUCCAAUUCAUCGCUAUCUUCGACCUCUAGAGACUAUCUCAACAAAUGGGUGCCUGAAUAUCGCUCACAUCUUUCGCUUUAUGCAACAGUAAUGUCCGGGGAUUUUUUACUCGAGGAAGAAGUCAUUCAGAUAUUCUCAAGGUUCGGCAAAGUGAUGAAGGUUCUCUGGUCGCGAAUAGGGAAACGUCAUGGUUAUUUGAUUAUGUUCAACACGGAACUCGAAAAGCAAAAAGUCUUUGAGGAGUGUGGCAAGGAACUGGAAGCAUGUGGAAGAAUGCUGAAACUAUGGAAUUAUAACCAGCGCAAUGACUUAUCACUGAACAAUACAUUUAUACCUGUUAUCGACGCAGCAGCAAAGUACCGCUACAAAAAACACAAAUGUGCUCCAAAAGCCGUUGAAAAAGGACCAACAAUCGGUAUUGAUUCAGAAGCGCCCUUGCGUGAAACUGUGGCAUCACCAGAACAAGCUGGUAGUCGACCACUGCCGGCCACUGCUUUCAUGUUGAAACAGAUUUCGGAUGCUCAGAUUUUUCAGGACUACCAGUCUUACGAGAAUACAACGCUCAGCGACUACAGUGGCUUUCUCGGUCUGCAGGCGCCGUACCAUUUAUUGCCUGAUACACCGUAUUUCCGCUCUGCGCCAAUUGUGCCUCCGCCAACAAGAUUGGUAUCAGAGCACAUGCCGAUGAUGAAACGCAUGAUGAAUCGUUAUUUAGCGAGCAUGGAACCAACCGAUGGAAGCGGCACUGCGCGAGCUCAUCGGCCUGCUCGCCGUGAGUGCCUCUCACCUGAAUGUUCUCCACGUACAGCAGCCGCAGAAGUAGCAGCAGCAGCAGAGAGACUGUUAGCUGCUCAAGCAGCAGCGACAAGCUUGCCACCAAAAAAAUCGGAAGGCAAAGCAAAAGGACGAAGAGGCACGUCAAAAGAGAAAGGACCACAGGAAUGCGUACUAAAAAAGCAGUCCCAAGAAAACGCAAAAAUAGAAGCCCCUGUGGCACAAAAACAAAAAGGUGAAACAGGAGAUUUGACGGUGCAGCAAGGUGAAGAGAAAGGAGGCAGAACUUCAGUCAAGAAUUUACAGCAGGAAGGAGGAAGAGUCGUGGCGAACGCUGAAACAGCGAUCAGACAACCACAUAGAGGCCGAGGAGCGGGAGGAGGUGGACGAGGAGGAAGAGGAGGGAGAGGAGGGAGAACGGUUUUUUGGAGGCAACGGAAACAGGUGGAAAACGAAAAAAAGGGAUCAAAAAGACGUGAAAAAGAACAGGAACAAAAACGUAAUGAGAAGUUACCAAAGCAUUAA